AUUCAUUAAUUUUUCUUUAAUUUUACUUGCGGACAAGUUGCGAAGAACUAAAACAACCGUAAACAAUAACUACUCCUGCGUGAAGAAAGGCGAAGUGUGGCUAUACUGAACAUGCCAAGAGGUCGUGGAGGAAGGGGAGGGGGUUAUGGUCCCAAGAAGAAUUACAAAGGACAGAGACGACAUUUUACAGAUGCAGACGAACUUAAGCAACAGCAGGAGAGGGACAAAAAGCAGCAAGAAUGGAGGAGACAACAGGGAAUAGAAAGUGAUGAAGAGGAAGAAGAGGAACCAAAAGCCACAGCCAAGAGUCAAGGUGCCCCAGGAGAACUGCCCCCCUCAGACUCAGAUUCAGAAGACGACAGUGAAGAUGAGGGAGAUAAAAAAGCUAAAGGGGUGGAACAUUUGAUAGAAAUAGAAAAUCCAAAUCGAACAGGAGCGCGUCAGCUAAAGAAAGUCACAGAAUUAAAUACCACAGGAAAAACACAGCUUUCACGGCGUGAGAGAGAGGAGUUGGAGAAACAGCAGGCCAAGGCGCGGUACCAGCAGCUUCACAUGGAGGGGAAGACGGACGAGGCCCGGGCAGAUCUCGCUCGUCUGGCCAUCAUACGGAAACAGCGCGAGGACGCAGCUAAGAAACGAGAAGAGGAACGAAAAGCUGCAGAGGAAGCAAAGGGAAGUAAGAGCUGAUAAAAGACACACUAUAGAACAAUAGUAUGACUGAAGCUGCCCUUCUGGAGCCUGUGGUUUGCAUGUGUUUGUUGGAGAACAAAGAUUAAAUGUUAUUUUGGCAAGGGACAUAAAUUUGUUAAAAAAUUAACAACAAUAUUCCAUUGUUUUCUUACUUCAAAAUCAUCAGCAGAAUUAAUCAGUGGAACUACUUAAGAAUGGAUAAUUUCAGAAAAGAUAGAGUAUUAUGCGCACAUGUAUUUAUUGUUGCAGUUUUUAUUGUAUUUUCAAUUAUCAAUAAUUAUUUGGACUUUAUACUUUAACUAAUGCACACAGGUUGUUCAGUUCAAACUGAUGUACCCUUUCUCUUGAAACAAGGCAUGAUAACAUACCACAGUUUGUGUUCUGUACUGCACAGAAACAGACUGAUGGAAUUGUUCAAUGUAAAAAGUGCUUCAUUUUCAUUUGUAUAUUUUAAUAAAAUUAUCAAAUUCAUGUACAUGUAGAAAUCUUCAGUCCCCUCUCCUUACUCCUGUUUGAGCCUACAAUCUUCCCAUAAUGGGGAUCAAAGGUUUGGCCAAUUAUGAUGUAUACAUUUAGUGUACAAGAUUUGUUGUUGCUUACAGUCUAAUUACCGGUAUAUAGUUUUGACUUUCCUUUGUCAACAUAAAAAUUUGUUGUCUUCAAAGAAUCUGUGCAAGAAUUGUUAAAAAAUGGUGAAUUUAAUUGAUUCUUUAAAAUCAUUUUUAUCAGGUGCAGGUUUUGUGAUAAUAUUAAUUUUUUUAAGCCCUCAAAGAGAAACCAUGUAAUAGAACGGUUGCUUGUAACUUACCUGUAAUAUCUGGUUAACUCUUGUGUUAAGCUGGUAUUGUUGUCUUGCUUAUGGACUGUACAUGUAUUAACCGAACAGAAUAAAUGUGAUAGGGAAGCAGA